AUGCCCGCGCAAAUGUCAACCGACCGCCUCGCGGACCUGGAGAGAGACGGAUUUGUCGUCGUUCGAGGCAUCGUCGGCGAUGACAAGCUCGAGGAACUUCGGGAAGCCAGUCUCAGGGUCGAGAAGCUCGGGCGGUCUGGUCAGUGGCCGCACAUUCGUACAGUCGGCAAGCAGUUCCCUCCGUGGACGUUUUCGCCGGACAAGGGCAUCUGGGGUGUUCAGCACCUCAUGAACCCCGACCUGCCCGGCCACGACAUCUUCACCCGUCAGUACUUUUCCGAGGAAAUCUUGAGCAUCGUGCGUGAACUUCUCCAGUGCGACGACAGCCAGCUUGUCAUGGAGCUCUUCAACAUGCUCGUCCGGCCAGACGGCGACUUUGAGCUUCGAUGGCACCGCGAUGACAUCCCCGCCGAGGCCUCCGCCGAAGAAGAGAUGGAACGUCUCAGUCGCCCCGCCUUCCACGCGCAGUACAAUCUUGCGCUCUGGGAGGAUGAGUCCCUCGUCUUGAUCCCCGCAUCUCACAAGCGUCCUCGGACCGAGACCGAGCGCAAUGCGGAUCCCUUUGAGACGGCUCUGCCCGGGCAGCUGGUUGUCAAGCUGGGUCCCGGAGACAUCGCCUUCUACAACAAUAACAUCUUGCACCGUGGUGUCUAUGAUGCGAAAAAGGACCGCGUCACUUUGCACGGCUCCGUCGGCCACUCUGGUGGUAGUCAGCUCCGCGCACGCAACGUCUUGCAGCACGGCAUCGCCAACUACGUCGACAGGGUCGACUUCUCCAAGCUGAGCCGUGGCGAUAGACAGCGCGCCGAGGAGAUGCGCGCUAGACUGGUGAAAUUGGGCAGUGAGAGUGGCGAGGUCGGAUAUUCUCUGCAGGGAUAA